AUGAGCUCUGGAGCGACGCCGAGGGCCCAGAGGACCGCCGCCCCCGUGUCCUCAUUGGCGUGUGUCGGGCGAAACGCGGGGGACUGGAGGAGCACGUUAAAAGUCUUCGUGGAGGAGGUGACCCGACUAAAGGGGGAAACGGACGCCCUUAAAGCCACCCGGGCUGCGAUGGAGGCCUCGUGGCAGCAGACCGUGGAAAAGGUGAGCCUGCUCACCGAUGAGAAUCGUUCGUCGCAGCAAAUCCUGUGGUCCUUGUUGGAGGAAGAGCGACAGAGGGCGCUUGCGGUGGCAACGGAAAGGGAAGAGUUGCUAGCGAGAGUGAGGUGCGUGGAAGAGGCGAGUGCCUGUAAAGAGAAGGAAAUGCAGCGGCUGGCCGAGAUGCUGGAAACAGAAAAGAUAAAGCAUAGCGUUUGCGUGGCCUUGCACGAGAAGGCGAUGGAGGAAAAGGAAGCAGAGCAUCGAACGGAGCUUAGUUUGCGGGAGAAGCGGUUAGAAGAGAUGCAGCUUGAGUUGCGGCAGCAACUGGAGAGGCACGCACGUGAACUUCUGGCAAAGGACACAUUAUUAGAUGAGGAGAGAAGGCGCCGGCGAAAGCGGUAUGAAAGCGCCGACAAGGAAGACGUCUCGCAUUUGCUUCACGUCAAGGGGGCGACGCCUUCGUCUCGACUCUCUUCGGAAUCCACAACAGGCGUUGCCGAUCUCUCUUGCAAUACGGCCUCCAUGACGCGGGUGGGGUCGGUCGUGGUUGCCGACGACGGUGCAACGCGCAGCGGCCCGAAGAAGAGCCGGCUGGAGGCGGCUCGGCAACAGCAACGACGACGCAACGGAAGCUGCAAGGAAGAUGUGACACUGCUUUCGCUUAACAAGCUGAAUGACCUUCAAGAAAACUUCCGUCUUUAG